AUGGCGUGGCCCUGCAUCAGCCGCCUGUGCUGCCUGGCGCGGCGCUGGAACCAGCUGGACCGCUCGGACGUGGCCGUGCCGCUCACCCUGCACAGCUACUCGGACCUCGAGAGCGACGAGCCGGGCGCGGGCAGCGCCGCGCCGCGCCAGGGCCAGGGCCAGAGCCAGAGCGUGCCCCCCGCGGGCGCCCGGGAGCCGGGCCGGGACGUGCCGCUCACGCAGUACCAGCGGGACUUCGGCGUGCUCCGGACGGCGCCCGCGGGGCCCCGAGAUGCAGCGCCCGGCCGCGGGUCCGGAGCGGGCGGCCGCCGGGCCAAAGCCGCGGCGCCCCCGGGGCCCCGGGGCGUCUAUGUGCUCCCCGUGGGCGACGCGGACGCCGCGACUGCAGCCGCCACCACGUCGUACCGGCAGGAAUUCCAAGCCUGGACUGGUGUGAAGCCCCCCAAACCCACCAAGCCCAGACCUGCCACCGUGGUCACUACCCGUACCUCUGGAUGGGAUGGCAGUGACCCUCGGACCGGUUUCCAGGUCCCUGAGGUGAGGAAGAAGUUCACCCCCAACCCCUCUGCCAUCUUUCAGGCCUCGGCUCCCCGGAUCCUCAAUGUGUGAUGGCUUCUGAGAAGGAAGGCCUCAGGUGGGGCAGAGUAAUCCCCACGGCAGAUGUUAUGGGCUGUCCUGAGUCAAGAUUAGAGGGGGACAUCCCCCCCAGCCAGGAGUGCUCCCCUCUCCAUGUGCGGGGCAGAUGCAACUCCAGUCUCAACAUUCUUCCUCCAAGCGUGUGGACAGGAGACUUGGCCUUGCAGUCACCAUCCACUUUCAGGAUCUUGGUGCCUGAGUCUCGUUUUUCUGGUAAUAGAAGUGACCCGGGGAGCUGAGGAAUAGAGACAUCAGGGGUCCUGGAAAGAACAAGUUUCCUUGGCUGCAUGAGAAUUUUCGAGCCCACAACACUCUGCCAGGCCAUCCCUUUGGAGCCCUGGACGAAGAUGGUUACGUGCAUGGGUAUCACCUAGAGAUGCCAGGUGGCCAGGACGCUGUGCUCCAAACAGUAUCAGUGUUCUGUUUCAGAGCAUUUCUACUCUGGUGGGGUCCUGGAAAUGUGGGGAGUGAAGGAUAGCCCUGGGUUCAGUUUCUAACCUGCCUUGAUGACUAAUCCCAAUUGUUAAUCAAGGUCAGAGUACGUACUACCUACCCUGCACUACCCCACACUGGUGUGAAACUGGGGGUAUGUGGGGGAAGUGGUUAUCAGGUGCCAAAGCCCCUGGGAGGCCUUGAUGGGCUCCCUUCCACUCAGGGCUCAAGGAGCUUUGUCUCCUGAUUUUCUCAAAUUCAGAAGGCCACCCCUCUCUCCGAACUCUAGCCCUCCAUCACCUGAAGGCUGAUUUGGUCCAAUCAGAGACAUGAGGCACAGCCGAAGUAGCACAGAAGGGAAGGUUCUGGCCUUGAAUGCAGCUGUGGUGGCCAGGGCUCUGGUCCAUAGGUCUAAUCCUUAGCAUCAUAUAUAUAGUCCCUGAGCACUGCUUGGGGUUGCUCACUUCUGAAUACAAAACCAGAAAUCAAAAACAGAAGAGAUUAGAGGCAUAUUUUGGGUGCUUCAGGACAGCCGUUCUCUGGAUGAGCAGCUGCUGAGGUGCAGGUGAUGGCUUUUGGGCACGAGAUCCUCUCUGACUACAGAGGGGUCCCCUCAGGUGCUAGCACUGCAGCACAGCUCUUCCUCCCCUCCAGCACUCUGGGAGCUCUUUUACAUGGGGGACCCUAUGUGGGGUCCAACCCUGCAGACGCCCCUGGUUUGCAUGUUGGAUGUUCCUGUGGGCCUCUGGGACCUGGACACAAUCUCUUAUCUUACUAAAAUGUGGAAAUGGACUGUUUGGAUUCCUGGUUAAUUAUUUCCUUACAGUAGUCACAAACUUGAGUGCCUCUGCCAUCUGUGUCCUGUGGACAGUUGAGAACGCAAGUUGCGGCCCUCACCAGAGGUGUGAGACCCUUUGGGACUGGGGAGAGGGCUUGAAGGGGUGAGCAACAGCUCAGGUAGGUAGGAGGCUGGGGUUCCCUCUCCGGCACCCCAGCAUGCACAGACUGUUAUUCAAGCUAGACUCAGGAGGAUCCCUGGUUUCCUUGCUCACAUCUGUCCCACAUCUACAGAGGGAGGCUGGCACCCCAAGGGUCUAAGAAUCUGGAUUUUUUGUGGCGUGUGGGACUGUACAGCUGCACCACUGCCCUAUCCUGGGGGCUGACAAAGGCUUUCUUGCAGUGCUGGUCCUCCCCACACCAAUGCUCUCCAAAUGCCCUCCAACCCUGCUCAGCUCAGUCUUCACAUGCUGGGGAUGCAUGGGUUUUUGGCUGACAUGCAGACCCCUCAUACCUCAGGUGGAGAGUGGGCUUACCCCCUUCCCACCAUGCCAUGCUGCGUGGUGGCUGGAAGUUGUGGCUCUGUCCAUCUCGCAAGCAGAGCUUGUAAUGGUGGUAUCAGUGCAGCUCUUGGAGAAGGGGAAUAAUGGUGACUUAUACCUCUGUGUAAGAAAAUAGUUAAAAACUAAAAAAAUUUAGGCACAUUUUCCUCAUAGAUUUUACCCACUUCUCAACUUGUCUUUCCCUCCUAUAAUUUACUUCACUAAAAAUACUUUUAUAGUUACUCAAUUUGAAGUUUCUAUAAAAUACUUUUUAUAUUCUGUAAAAAGCAAAUUAAAAAUAAAGAGCAGCUUAAUUUUUAUCUGAUUUCAGCUAAAA